UAAUAUCACAUCUACACGCUAGCGACGCGACUGUACGAGAUCGCUGCUGAGGCGGCGACGCUUUCCAGGGACAUUCCAGUUUGUCGCCUGCGAGCUCAAGAACCUCCCAAUGAACGCUGUGACUCCGCCCGAUGUCAGGUGCACUAAACUUACGCUCACUGUCCUCCGUCAAAUCACUUCAUCUCACUCUCGAGACCACAAAGAAACUGCAAGUCAGAGUACUGAUUUUAACUCACCUGGACGGAUAUAUAUCAUGGAUUUGAUCUGAAUCAUUUUGUAGGCUAACAGGAGCUGAGAGCAACAGCAGACAGGAUGAGUUGGGGAGCACUUUAUGCCCAGCUGGGAGGGGUAAAUAAACACUCCACCAGCCUGGGAAAGAUCUGGCUGUCUGUCCUCUUCAUCUUCCGCAUUAGCAUCCUUGUAAUAGCCGCUGAAACGGUCUGGGGGGAUGAGCAGUCCGACUUCACCUGUAACACACAACAGCCCGGCUGCAAAAACGUCUGCUACGACCACUUCUUUCCAGUCUCACACAUCCGUUUCUGGUGCCUGCAGCUCAUCUUUGUGUCUACACCGGCUUUGCUGGUGGCUAUGCAUGUGACAUAUCGCAAACGCAAUGUAAAAAAAGGACUUUUGGCCAACCGAAGUGGCGGUGCCAAAGGGGAUGACCUGGAGAGUCUGAAGAAGAGGCGUCUACCCAUCACUGGGCCACUGUGGUGGACCUACACCUCCAGCCUGUUCUUCCGGCUCCUUUUCGAGGCUGGAUUCAUGUACGCUCUGUAUUAUGUCUACGAUGGGUUUCAGAUGGCCCGUCUUGUGAAGUGUGAGCAGUGGCCCUGUCCCAAUAAAGUUGACUGCUUUAUCUCACGACCCACAGAGAAGACAGUCUUUACCAUCUUCAUGGUGGGAUCUUCUGCCAUCUGCAUUGUGCUCAAUGUGGCUGAACUGGCCUACCUGAUUGUCAAAGCAUUGCUGAGGUGCUCAGCCAGAGCCAAAGGAAGGCGCGCUUUUGUUCACCAAGAUAAAAUGUCCACAGAAAAGGCGCACAUACAGAAUGAAAAGAACGCAAGGUUGCUGUCAUCCGCUUCAGACUCCUCGAGCGAUAAAACUGUUUAAGAUUAUCACUACAUCCAGUGACUAAUACUACCAACAUGAUACUAGGCUUGUAGAUGACAGUGUUUUAACUUCUCUGAUGCCAUUAGAGUGUUAGAAUUAGUAUGUUUUGUACCUUGUUUUUGACACCCUGCCCUGAGAAAACAACAAAGCCUAACCCCACAGUAGGUUUCAAGCAUGCUUCAUUCCAGAGCUGAUAUUCCUCCCUCAAGCCAAAAGACAAUUAGGGUGUACGCACGGCACUGAAUUGUCUGUAAAAAAAUGUUCUAGGUUGUUGAAUUUAAUUUUCCAAAUUACUCAAGAGCCUCACAGUACUCUCUGGUGCAGGGGUCACCACACUCGGUCCUGGAGGGUUUAGCUUCAACUUGCCUCAACACACCUGCCUUGAAGUUUCAAGUAUACUAAGCAAGACCUUGAUUAGCUGGUUCAGGUGUGUUCGAUUAGGGUUGGAGCUAAACUCUGCAGGACACAGGCCCUCCAGGAACAAGUUUGGUGACCCCUGCU